AUGGAUUGGGUUCUUCUGCGCGACGGCGACGGGAGCGGAAGCGACAGCGACGAUUGCGGCUGCCGUGUGCGGGUCCCCGGCGGCAGCGACAGCGCCUCCGAGGACGGCAGCGACAGCGGGUUCGCGAUCGUGCGCGUCCGCAGAUCAGACCGGCCCGCUGGCGCCGCCGUCUCCCCGGUCGGCGGCGUAGUCAGCGACGCGCCGGCGAUGGUGGCCGUGCCACGACCGACGCCGCCAGGGUUCUGCUUCAAGGUGGUAUCCUACGGCGAGCCGUUCUCGGCUUCUUCUUCUUCUUCUUCUUCCACGGACGGCGGCUCUGACUUUCUCGACGAGACCACGAUCCGGGAAGCCCUCUUCGGCGCCGCCGCCUGCAGCCGAGGCGCCGGUAUCGACGACGGGGGCACGGUGACACACGAAGAGGAUCGCGAGUCCGAGGUUGGCGAGCACGAUGGCACGGGGAGCUCCGUCGAGGCGCCUCGUACGUCUUCGGCAUCGAGGACCAGUGUCUCGCCGUGCAAGGCGCUGCCGGAGGUGGCCAGUGGCGUGGAGGAGGAAGACGCCGAGAGCUCUGGCGAGGAGGAGGACAUGGAGAACUCUGGUGAGGAGGAGGAGAACGACGACGCGAGCUCUGGCGAGGAGGACUCUGAAAUCUCAGAGGAGGAGGAGGAGGAGGAGCAAGACGUCGAUGGCGAGAGCUCCCGUGAAGACUGCUUCGAGAUCCCGGCGACCAGAUACACAGCAAUCGACGCCGACGACAAAGGGGAACAGCCAGGAUUCCCUGGCCGCUCGUACGACGACAUUGACGAUUCCGAUGAUGACAUGGUACCCUCUUCCAGGACGUGCACCGCCCACAAUGCUGAGCAAGCCACAGGCAUCGAGGUUCCUGCUCCACUGCUUUUCUGGAUUGAUGAGGAUCAUCAACAUGAUGACAUCGAUACCGACUCUGACAUGGAAGAAGAGGGGAGCUCGGAGCCCGUUUGUCGCGAGUACGACGGCAUUGAUGAUAGUUGCGGCACCGAAAGCGAGGGAGUGUUCACGGCCCAGUUCACGGCGCGGUGGAGGGAGCAGAUGCUGGAGCAGCUGAUGCGGCAGGCGGCGGCGUCGGACGAGGCGCUCGAGUCGGCGCUGCAGGGCGGGGGCGGGCGCGCCGCCACGCAGCGGGUCACGCGGCGCGUCGAGGCCGAAUCUGACGCUCCGCCGCCGGCGGCGCACGUCCAGGAGGAGCAUGCCGGCCAACGCAGCGCGGGCUCGCCGACGGCCGACCUCACCUCGUGCGCCAUGGUUUACCUGCUGGUCUAUCUUGCGACUGGCGGUUUUGAUUUUUUCUGA